UGUAGAAUAUACAGGGCAGUAGUUUUUCCUCCUUUUAAGUUGCUUUGCCGGAGAAACAUGAACGGCCGCUAAUUGGCAGCUGCGGACGACUGGCCACCCUGCCCUAUUUUACCCGGCGGACUCAACAGAGAAACACACCGGGGUACUAUAUUAGCUCUGAGUCUCUGGAAUAAGGUGGGCAAGUGCCGAAGUCGCACAACAAACACAAGACAGGAUGAGAGAGAGAGGCCUCGGCAGAGGAGGAAAAUAGAGAGAAAGGAAAGGAGGUGAAAGGAAAAAAAAUAGGGAGAGCAAGAGAGGAACGCCAAGGAGAACUUCUGGGAUAAAUAAAUAAAAAGACUUGUUUGGAGAAAAGGCAAGCUAGAUGAAAAGAUGAAGCCGAUUAAAAAGCAGGGCCGGCGCUCUCCUCCCUCCACCCGGGCCAAAGGGGGGAAGCGUCGUGGAGCGGGGGAUGCCCCAGAAGGUGGAGAGAAGAGAGACUCUGAUGAGAACAGAGACAGAAGCAGAUCCCCACAAAACCAAACUCCCUCCUCUUCUUUUUCUUCUAAUUCACACUCAGAGUCCUCCCAGGCAGACCCAACCAGAGCACGGGACACUUCAGAGGGGGAGGGGCUUCACAGAGAGGGGCUGUCGGAGUCGACAGUAUCGCUCGCCAUCGAUUCUGGGAAAUUGUCCACACCCUCAGAGGACAGAUCAGGGAGGUCAGCUGUGAGUGGAGGUAGCCACAGUGACAGUGGUGGUAGCAGUUGCAGUAACAGUAGUACACCAAGCGCCAACAACAGCCCAAACCCCGCCUCCAGCCGAAAAACGGCCACCUUCAAGGCCCGCGUUCCCAAGAAGAAGUACACCUCUGAGCACUGCUUGUCUACUACUGCUGGUAACCAUAGCAACCCUGCCUCCAGCACGCCCCCUCCUACUCUGAGCGCCGGGGUCCUCAACCACGGGUCAACAGGUUCAGGAAGUGACAUCAGCAUUGUGCACCCUGAUGGUAGCGGUCAGAGUAGGAGCCUUAUGGAUGACUUCCACUGUAGGACUACUGGCAGGGAGGGGCCUCAGGACAGCUCCCCAGGACCCCCAACCCUGUCGCUGGGAGUGGAGAGGGAAAGGCCUGGAGGAGGUGAAGGGGUGAGAGAUGCAGAGCGAGUGUCGCCCAGCCCCCUGCCCCGCUGCUCCUCCACAGACACCGCCAGCGAGCACUCAGCUGACCUGGAGGUGGUCGGCGACACACACGCACCUACACAGAUGUCUGCACACGCACCAUCCAGUCUCCCUGAUGCACUGUCGGACGCCCUGGCCAAAGGUCUGAAGAAUCAGCGUGUCCUUGCACGCCAGCCCAGGAGAAGAAGUGACGAGGAGGGCAGAGGCGAAAAGAGGGAUGAAGGGAGGAGUUCAGACUUGGUGUUCCGGGCUGGGGUCGUCCGUAAGGUCAGUGGUGAAUUUGGAAGCCUGGAGGUUCAACUGAAUGGGGAGAAGGCGCUGUGUCGUUAUCCGUAUCGACAUGACAGCCCCCCAGGGGUGGUGGACAUUAUCCUAGACGCCCCGCCCCCUGGUGUUCAUCCAAUACCUAUUGGCACCCGUGUCUGCGUACCAUUUGGCAAUGAGGAGUGCAGCGAGGGCCAGUGGCAAUGGUACCGAGAAGGUGUGGUGACCCAGGUAGACACACACCCCGCAGUGGCCAAUCGCUACCGUGUCCUGCUGUCUGAGGAUAGACCUCACUCUGGGGACGAGGAAGAAGAUGGCAGAGGGGCAGCCAAUGCUACGCAGGCAGUGUGGGUCUCCCGACAAACACUCCGGCUUCUGGUGCCACCUUGGGACCUGGAUUUGCCGUCUGGAGGAGGACGAGAGGGAGAAGAUGGGCUCAGAGAAAAGGAGAGGGAGCGGGAGGACAGGGAGGAGAUAGACGUGGAGCAGGAGGUGUGUCUUUUGAGCCGGGGAAUGGCCCCAGGAGUGGGGCCAGUGUUGGGGAGAGGGAUGCCCUACCCGGGCAUGGUCCCUGUUUCGUCCACAUCGGGUCACAGUAUUACCUCCCCAGUAACUCCAGCCUCAGUCCUCAGCCUGGCUCCUGGCCGAGAGUGGGAAAUUGAGAAAGAUUUGGAGAGGGAGAGGGACCUCCAGGGAAAACGGGAAAGAGAGAGAGAACGAGAGCGAGAAAGGGAGAACAAUGUAAAACAGCAGCAGCAGCACCACCCAUACAUGCCCCUUACCCCUGAAGAAGACAUGGAGGUGUCCCAUUUUAAUAUGGUCCCAAUGGGGGCGAUCAUACCUGGGGCCAAACCAAUGGCAGUUCCCCAACACCGCCACAUCGUCUCUAAGCCCCCGCCUGGCUACCUCAAUCCCCACCUUUCUGUGGUGCGGGGCAUUGGAAUCCCCUCCGCCCACCUAGCCUUGAAUCCCCACCCUCCUCCUUCGCCUGUCCUGUUAGGCCUUGACCCAGCAACGGCAGCAGCUGCAGCAGCUGGUGCUGUCAUUACCACCCCCCAGCUUCCUCCUCUCCCUCCCAUCUCCUCUUCCACUGCAUCCUCCUCCAGAGUAGAGAAGACCUCAGGAGGAGGUUCUUCCAGCGGAGGGGCAGGCAACGGUGGUGGAUCUGGAUCAGGUUCGACCUCCUCCUCCUCCUCACGUUCUCGCACCCCACUGACAGCUGCCCAGCAAAAGUACAAGAAGGGAGAUGUGGUGUGCACGCCAACAGGCAUCCGUAAGAAGUUCAAUGGGAAGCAGUGGAGGAGACUGUGCUCCCGGGAGGGCUGCUCUAAAGAGUCUCAGCGCAGAGGAUACUGCUCCAGACACCUCUCAAUGAGGACCAAGGAGAUGGAAGCCAGCGGAGGCGGCCGGGAGCGGUGUGGAGCCAGCAGCACUGGGACCCUGACGCCGUCUGACCUCCGACUGAGUGGUGGGAGAGCCAGCUCAGAGUUUGACUGGGAUGAGACAUCGCGGGAAAGCAGCGAGGCCAGCAGCCGUGGAGGAGACUCCCGUCCCCGUCUAGUCCUUCCCUCUCUGCUCCCCCAGGAUCUCUCUCGUUUUGACUUUGAUGAGUGUGAGGCAGCGACCAUGUUGGUCUCCCUCGGGGGCUCCCGCUCAGGCACACCGUCAUUCUCGCCCAUCUCCAACCAGUCGCCCUUCUCCCCCACCCCGUCGCCCUCACCCUCUCCGCUCUUUGGCUUUCGCCCUGCCAAUUUCAGCCCCAUUACUGCUCCUGCCUCUCAUACUCCACGCCGCCAUCGUCAGCUUAGUGGCACUAAGAUGGGCACGCCAGGUGCUGAGCGAGAGCGCCACCUGUCUGGGAUUGUGCCCACUUUUCAGACCAACCUCACUUUUACAGUCCCCAUGAGCCCCAGCAAGAGGAAGCUCGACACCCACCCGCCCCCUCCAAUGCCUACAGUCCAGGACUACCAGACCAAACCCGAGCAACAACAGCUGGUGGGCAUCGGCGGAGGGGUGAUGGGAGAGUCAAACCUGGGCCACAGUCCUGCCGCUUUCAGAGUCCUCUCCCCCCAGAGUCAGCCGACAACUCCCUCCUCACUUUCCUUCUCCCGGCCUCGUAGUGCCACCAGCAGGCCACCAUCCUCCGCUGCCUCCACUCCUCCACCCAUGCUGGUCUCUCCCACUCCUCCCUCCCCACUGCCCCAGGAACCUUCACCACGCCGCAUUGUGCCCCUCCGCGAUUCCCCAGUCAUUGUCCGCAACCCAGAUGUCCCCCUGGCCAAGUUCUCUGAUGGCCCAUUAGGAAGGAGAGAGAGAAGCAGGUCUAGGGAGCACAGCCAGCCCCAACACACAGCUCCCCUGGGCCUGCAGGCUCCCGUCCCCAUCAACGGGGCUACCACCAACGGUGCAGUUCUCCUGCGCAACCCCACAUCCACGCUUGUCCUGGUCACCUCCAGCUCGUCCCUGACUCCAGCCACAGUGGGCCACGCUUCCCUAUCCAGCCCCUCCACCCCUGGGUCAAUGUCCACUUCAUCGGGCACAGUCCUGUCCUCCUCUGGUUCCGGAGGCAGGGAAAGGGAGAGGAAACCUGAGGGACACCAGGACACCUCUGGAGGGUCACUGCCACAGCCGGUAGCCUGUCACCCCACGCCAACUGCCCUGCUGCCACUCAUACUGCCAGCUGAGUCGCCUCACCCUGCUCCACGCAAGCAAAUCAUCAUGGGACGCCCAGGGACUGUUUGGACCAACGUGGAGCCUCGGUCGGUGCCAGUGUUCCCUUGGCAUUCACUCGUCCCUUUCCUGGAGCCCAGCCAAUCAGGAGCGGCUGCCCAGCCUGCUGAUGGCCAGCAGCUUGUCAAUCAGAGCAAAGAGCCUCGUUGUGGCGUGGCCCUGGUGAGCGACGGGCGAGCCGGCCCUCCAGACCUAGAGAGGGGAUCGCCGUCAUGCCCUCCCCCGACCAAUGACAAUCCUCAUACAGACAGGGGCGGGGCUGACAGCGAGACAGAGAGCGAUACAGAUGACCCGUUUUCCCCGGGUGUGGCCAACGAUCCGGCUCCCUCCACUGGCCCCAUCAAGAGACGCACACAGUCCCUCAGUGCCCUGCCCAAGGACGGAGACAGAAAGAGGGAGAAGGACCACAUCCGCCGUCCCAUGAAUGCAUUCAUGAUCUUCAGUAAACGCCACCGGGCCCUGGUGCACCAGCGACAUCCAAACCAGGACAACCGGACAGUCAGCAAGAUCCUGGGGGAGUGGUGGUAUGCUCUGGGGGCCAAUGAGAAGCAGCAGUACCAUGAUCUGGCGUUCCAGGUGAAGGAGGCCCACUUCAGAGCCCAUCCAGACUGGAAGUGGUGCAACAAGGACCGCAGGAAGUCGCUGUCAGAGGGCCGCGGGACGCCAAAGGAACCGCGGGAGAGGAGCAUGUCGGAAAGCAUAGAUCCCAUGUCAGAGUCCCAGACGAUGGAGGGGAAGGGAGGAGGCUCGGGCUGGCCAGGGGGAUCGGAGCGUCGAGGGGGGCUGCUUGUGGGGCAGAACCCCCGUCCCAGAGCCUUUUCCCAGAGUGCCGUGCACACCCUGGAGCAGAGGGAGAGAGAGAGAGACCUGGAGAAGGAGGACAGGGCGAGUUUGUUCCGCAACCGGCCCCCAGCCCAGUCCCUGUACCAGGGUGGGGCCAGCGAGGACAUGACCAGUGAUGAAGAGCGCAUGGUCAUUUGUGAAGAAGAGGGGGAUGAUGAUGUCAUGGAGGACUCAUGUCCUGAAGGCUCCAUCGACCUCAAGUGUAAAGAGAGAGUGACGGACAGUGAUGAGGACGAACCAGAUGGACAGCAUGGCUUCCAGCCUGUGGCCCGCUCCUCUCUCCCCUCCUCCUCUCCCUCCAUCCCUCACUCCGACUCCACCUCGUCUAAAGGGAACGGAGCAGGAGGAGGUGGAGGAGGUGCUGAAGAUGGGUCUGAAAGAAACCGAAAGAGAGGCACAGACGGAGGAGAGGAGGGGAGCGAGGGAGGACCCAAGAGAGAAGAAACAGCAGCAGGUGGAGGAGAAGGAGGUGGUGGAGGUGGGCACAGUGUGUCCUCUCUGUCCAUCACAGGCUCAACAUCCAGCGCCCAGGCUCCCCUCACUCUGGCCCAGCAGGGUCUGACCCAAGUCCUUGGUCCCGCCCGCAUGGCUCCCACUAUGGUGACCAACGUGGUAAGACCCAUCGCCAGCACACCCAUCCCCAUCGCCAGCAAGCCAGUAGAAGGAGCCGUCACCCUCAGCACCCUACCCCAGGACAAGAAGCCCACUCUCCUGAUUGGAGGAGGUGGACCUCAGCAGCUGCCAAUCACCGCAGGGGGUGGGUACCUGUCCUCAUCCUCCUCUCCUGGUCCAGUCAGUGUAACCCCUGUGGGGGGCAGCAGCCUGGUCACUAGCCUAGUUCUGGGAGGGUCCUUUCCUGCUGCCCAACCAGUGCAACUCCUCACCCCGCAGCCCCCACAGCCGCACACACAGACCCCCUUCCCUGUCCUCCAGCCCCAGCUCCACCCCACUGCUGCCAUCUCCUCCCUCACACCUCCCGCUGGCUCCAAGCCACUAGCGCAGGUCCAGUACAUCCUGCCCACCGAGAACCCUUCCUCCCCUCAACUCACCCACCAGCAAAUCCUCUCCCUGCCCACCAAUGCCACCCUGGCCAAUGGCGUGCACUUGGGGGCGGGAAUCAGAGUCAGCCCUGGGACCAGAGUCCAAACCCAGUCGCCGGUCUUGCAGAGCAAGAUGUUGGUUCCCAUGGCAACAGUGAGAACAGGGUCUACUCCUCCUCAUCCUUCCAUUUCCCUGGUGGCUCCGCCUCUUCCUGUGCAGAACGGCACCGCGACAGGAAACAAGAUCAUCCAGCUCGCUCCUGUGCCUGUGGUCCAGACCAACGUUCACCCUAGCGGUGCAGCAACAGUACAUCCUGGGAGCCCCUUUCCUGUUUCCGUGGCAACAGUGAUGGCUCCCGGUGCUGCGCCCCCGCAGACCGUUCUUCUGACCUCCCCACCCACCAGGAUCACCUAUGUUAAGUCUGACCCAGGAGUUACCACAGCAACACCCCAACAGGCAACACCCGCUCCUGGCCCCACAUAUCUCCCAUCUCCUCUGGCAACUCUGGGCUUCACUGCCAUUGCCCCGGGCGGGCAGACCCUGGUUCAGCCAAUCGUUGGCCAGUCACCACUGCUGGCUCCAGCCCCAAGUCUGAGCUGUCAGUCUCAGACUUCCCCGGGCCCGACCGCUGCAACUGCUGGUCGUCAGGUACUAACUGCCAUCUACCCUGCACCGACUGUUGCACUGGCUACUGGCGUGGUCUCUGUGACAACUGUGCCGCCUGCAGUGGGAGCUUCAGCCCAAGACGUCAUAAACCCCUCCUCUCCAGGAGUGCAGGGUUCAGCGGUGGCUACCCCUCAGCCUAGCAUGGGAGUGGAGGUGGAGCCAAAGGUGGAGGUGAAGAGGGAGAGCCAGCUGGAUGCUCAGUUUGAGGAUGGAGGGCAGGGGAUGUCAGUGGUCAUCAGUGCCAUCAGUUCUGCGACAGUGAAAAAAGAGGAGGACAUCAUGGGUCUGCACAUCAAAGAGGAGAAUGUGAGAGAUGGACAUGGCAGGGAGAAGCGAAGUGAGAUGGAUGCAGAGAGUGAGAGAGGGACAAAGGAGAGCAGUGAUAAGAAGAGAGGCAGAGAGACAGACCGAGAGGACCACAGCACGGGCGACAGCAGCAAAGAGGCUGGACCUCGUUCCCCUCCUCCACCACCCCCAGGGUUGGACCCCCCUCCCCCUCCCCCUGCAGAGAGAGACCCCCCAUCCUCCUCUAAGAAGACCAAGUUUCGACCCCCACCGCUCAAAAAGACACCUGAUUCACAUGACAAGGUCUUGUCUGAGACGUACUUUGAGGAGCGUUUUGCUGAGCUUCCAGAGUUUAAUCCAGAGGAGAUCCUUCCCUCGCCCACCCUGCAGAGUCUGGCCACCUCGCCAAGAGCCAUUCUGGGAAGCUACCGCAAGAAGAGACGCAACUCCACAGACCUGGAGCUGACAGCAGAGGACCCCAGCUCCCCGAGGAGGAAGACUCGCCGUCUGUCCAGCUGCAGCUCGGAGCCCAACACCCCCAAGAGCGCCGCCAAGUGUGAGGGAGACAUCUUCACCUUCGACAGAGCAAGCACCGAGGGAGAGGACCUUCUAGGAGACUUGGACAGGGUCCCCUACUCGUCUCUGCGCAGAACUCUGGAUCAGCGGCGGGCUCUGGUCAUGCAGCUGUUUCAGGAACAUGGCUUUUUUCCAUCAGCUCAGGCUACUGCUGCUUUCCAGGCACGUUACUCAGACACCUUCCCCACCAAAGUGUGUCUGCAGCUGAAGAUCCGCGAAGUCCGACAGAAGAUCAUGCAGACGGCCACGCCCGGAACCCUCGAGCCUGGAGGGUCAGUUGAAUUCAACCCCCUCCCGUCCCACAGCUCCUCUUUCAAUCAAUCAGCCCGAGAGGAUGGAGGGGCGGAGCAACAAGGGGACAAAGGUCGGAGCCCAGAGGAGCCGAAAAGUGAAGGAUCAUAAGCUGGAGAGGAUGACAAAGCGGAAGAAUCGAAGAAGAAGAAGAAAAAGAGAGAGGAGUGUGUCAUCCCCGCAGAAUGUUUUUGUAUGUGUUGAACCAGUACUGAGGAUUGCUCCAGCAGGAUCUGUUCUACUGGCACUAAUCUCCACCAGACCUGGGCAGAAAUACAUUUGAAUGUGGUCACAAAUAUUCAGACUACUCAAGGUGCGCUUGAUUUGUCUAAUCAGACAAAAAAAAAAAAAAAGCCUCAAAAGUGGACGAAUCACAUGCAAGUAAUGAUGAGUCAAGUUCCUCUUGUAGUGUUGUUUUCGCUUUUUUUUUCCCAAGUAUCCAGAAUAUUUUCUGUUAACACUUUGCCCAGGUCUGCUCUCAGCACAUUUGUACAGUAGUUUGUAGUUUGACACACAAACUCUGUGGUACACACUCUCUAUUUCUCUGGCACACACAAACCCUGGUGCAUAUGUAAUCUCCAGCAUGCACAUGAUCACACACAUACAUACACACACACACACACACACCCUUACCAAAUCAGACUGUUACUCUUGGUUGGCAGUCUCCAGGAGCCGCCACCAAGGACCAUGACACACAAAGGCACUUUGUCACUUAUUGUGCAGAUGCAGUUUGCUGUUGCCAGCCAGCCAGCCAGCCCUCAGAUGCCAUUGACUUGACCUCCUUCUCGCCCUUCCACUCCUCAGCACAGUGGUCGGGACACAAACACAACCCCAACGACCUCCACUAGUAUUCCACAGCCCCUCGAUGCUGCAGGACAGACAGCACACACAUACACAUACAGUACACACGCACACACAAACACACACAGUGCAUGGACACACCUGUGCAGUGUAAGCACUCGUACGCAAACAUAGGCAACCCUGGUCUGACCAAGCCAUUGGCCUGCACAGUUUUUAGUGAUUGUAGUGAGAAGAGAAACUGAAAGAAAGAAAUCUAUUCUCUCCUGAAAAACAAAAGAGGGCAGGAGUUGGGAUGUAGUGUGACCAAUCUUUGCACCUUCAGUUAUUGCCAUUUUGAAAGACUUAGUCCUCAUUGGCGGGAGAUGAUUAUAUAUGUCUGUAUAUCUGUUGGGGUCCCCUCCCCAAAACCUGUGUGAACAGGCACCGUAAAGAGAUUAUGUAAAGAGACUUUUGGUUUUGAGGCUUUGAAGAAUCGGCGUUAAGUUCGACACUGACCGGCUCCCUACAGAGCGCAGAGAAAAGGCUGAAGAAGAAACCGGAUGAUGUUCAUUGGAUGGAAGAUUCAUAUUCCAACAAUAGGAAGAUAACAAUAAUGCAUAAGGACAACAACAACAUGACAAGCUUACCAACAGAGAGAAGACGUAGAAUUUUAACCAAACUUCUCUGAAUCUCCCAGUGGAUAUGAUGUUGCUUUCUCUCGUUAUCGUUGCCGUGGAAAUAACCAGUUUUACCGUGGCCUGUUUUUCUCUCUCGUGGCUCUAUUGUGUUUCUUCUCCAGCAUAAAAAAAUCACAACAAAACAAACAAAAAAAAAAACUCUGGACAAAGAAGGGGACAAAAUCAGUCUGUGGCCCCCCACUUUUAAUUGUACCUGGGGUGAUUCUCCCC